CUUCUGUUGCGUGACAAAGGAUCAAUUUUUUUAUCACACUGUAGUACAAUUAACAUUUCUUUCAUUUGCUUCAGUCGGCAUCACUGACUCCAGAGCAGCUGAAAGAAUUCAGAGAAGCCUUCAAGAUCUUCGAUGUUGAUAACAGCGAAACGAUCACAACGGAUGAGCUGCUUCUCGUCAUGAAGAACCUCGGGAUGAUGGCCACUAAGGAAGAGGUGAAGGAAAUGCUGUCGGAAGUCGACGAAGAUGGUAGUGGAGAGAUCGAUUUCGAGGAGUUUGCAGAACUCAUGGUAAAACAGAUGAAGCAAGGAAGUGAGCAGGAGGUGAGAGAAGCUUUUAAAGCAUACGACACCGAAAACAAGGGAUACUUUACAAGCGACGAGCUGCUAAAACUGCUUAUGGCCGUGCAAAAACAAAGCAAAGACAUCAAAAUCUCUAAAGAAGAAAUAGAGGAUAUAAUCAAGUUCAUGGAGCGAAAUGGACGGGUCAACUUUGACAAGUUUGUCAACGAGAUGAUGAAGUAAACGUUUACGCUUGAUGGACUGGAAAGUUUUUGGAAGAAGAAAAACUGUUACUACUACGCAAAGCUCUAUUUGAAUGAAUUGUUUAUUUUAAUGGCUCCACUUGGUCUAUGUUUGUGGGGUAUUUUGUAGAUUUGUUUUUUUGUGGAUGAAUAAAUUUUCAUCUCUUAUUUUAA